AUGGGGCGCUGCAGGACGGCCUUCAACGCAUACUCAGUUAAAUUUAGCCCCUUUAUCGAAGGUCGCAUAGCCGUUGCCACUGCUCAAAACUUUGGCAUCAUCGGGAAUGGCAAGCAAUAUGUGUUUGAGGUGACCCCAUUCGGCGCCAUUGUGGAGGUCGCCCAGUACGACACGCAGGACGGGUUGUACGACUGCGCUUGGAGCGAAGCCAACGAGAAUGUCCUGGUAGCGUCUUCGGGGGACGGGUCCAUCAAGGUGUACGACACGGCACUGCCGCCGGCCGCCAAUCCCGUACGGGUCUUCAAGGAGCACCGUCACGAGUGCUGCUCACUAGCCUGGAAUCCUGCCAAGCGGGACCUGUUUCUCUCCUCCUCGUGGGACGACUCCGUCAAGCUCUGGACGCUGCAGGCCCCCGCGUCGUUGAGGACCUUCAGCGGACACACGUACUGCGCCUACCAUGCCGCCUGGAAUCCCCAGCAACCCGAGGUGUUUCUGUCCGCCUCCGGAGACACCACCGUGCGGGUUUGGGACCUCAGGCAGCCCGCACCCACCCUUGUACUGCCCGCGCAUGGGUUUGAGGUUCUUGCCGCGGACUGGUGCAAGUACAACGACUGUUUGCUGGCCACGGGCAGUGUGGACAAGUCCAUUAAGUUGUGGGACGUGCGGGCACCUGGUCGGGAGCUGCUCAUGAUGAUGGGCCACAGCUAUGCCGUACGCCGCGUGCUGUUCUCGCCUCACGCCGAAAGCCUACUCAUGUCAUGUUCGUACGACAUGACGGUCAAGCUCUGGGACACGUCAUCACCUCAGGCGGCCCAGGGUGUGCCUCUGAGGUCCUGGGAUCACCACUCGGAGUUUGCGGUGGGCAUUGACUUUUCGACGCUGCGGGAGGGGCUGGUUGCGAGCGCGGGGUGGGAUGAAAGCGUGUGGGUUUGGGAUCAACGCGGCUUCCCGUCGCCCUAG